AUGUUACAAUCAUUAAAUAGAUCAGUAAGAUAUUUAAGUACAUCAAUUGGGUCAAGAUUAUAUUGUAGUAAUACAAAUCAAACAACAAAAAACAACACAAAUGCAAGUGGUGUUAAUGAUAAUCAACAAACUCAUUUUGGAUUUAAAACAGUGAAUAAAGAAGAUAAAGAAUCAAUGGUUAAAGAUGUAUUUGAUAGUGUAUCAUCAAGUUAUGAUUUAAUGAAUGAUGUUAUGAGUAUGGGUAUUCAUAGAUUAUGGAAAGAUGAAUUAAUUAAUACAUUAAAUCCAACACCAGGUUCUCAUUUAUUGGAUGUUGCAGGUGGUACAGGUGAUAUUUCAUUUAGAUUUUUAGAUAAAAUUAAAACAUCACCAAAUUAUUUCCCAAAUAUAAAUAAGAGUAAUAAUGGCGGUGGUGAAGUUUUAAAAUCAUCAUCAUUACCAUCAUCGGCAACAGUAUUUGAUAUUAAUCAAUCAAUGUUGAAUGAAGGUAAAAAGAGAGGAUUGAACAAAGGAUAUACAGAUCAAAGUGAUCCUUCAAUUGAUUGGGUUCAAGGCAACAGUGAGCAAUUACCAUUUAAAGAUAAUACAUUCAAUUGUUACACCGUUUCAUUUGGUAUUAGAAAUUGUACAAAUAUAGAUCAAGUUUUAAGAGAAGCUUAUAGAGUUUUAAAACCAGGUGGUAGAUUUUUAUGUUUAGAGUUUAGUCAAGUCCCAAAUCCAUUAUUAAGAUUCGCCUAUGAUCAAUACUCUUUCAAUGUCAUCCCUAUCAUGGGUCAAUUAAUCUCUGGUGAUCGUGAUUCUUAUUCCUAUUUAGUCGAAAGUAUUAGAAAAUUCCCAGAUCAAGAAACUUUUGUUCAAAUGAUUCAAGAUGCUGGUUUCAAACAAGUUACCUAUAAAAAUUUAACUUUUGGUAUUUGUAGUAUUCAUAGUGGUUUUAAAUUAUAA